AUGUUGUUGCUCUAUUGGAUACUGACAUUGGCUCAGGUCUACCCUGCUUUGACAGCACGACUUUGGACCCGACAUACUCAGGUUGAGUCGCAUUAUAAAGGUAGGCCCGCUAAACAAGAAACCUCCCAAGAGCGCUACUACCCCCCCUGGAAACGUCAAGAUAUCCAUCGUGAGGGUUAUCAACCUAUUUUCCUGACAACAAAUUCCACAUCUUCUACCACCCCAGAGCUCUAUCCGUCGUCUAGUUGUGAAUCCAACAGGACUAGCAAUAUCUCAGCAGCUCCUAAUUCUACUAGCAGCACGACAUCAAGCCUAACUGCACCUUUUCCGUCUGGAUUGGAUGGGAAUUCAUCAAACACUUCAACAAUGUCUCCAACAGCCGCAUCGUCGAACAUCUUCGAGAAGCCAAUCGCAACUAGCGCCCCUGCUUCUUCUUUCCCCGUUCAGAAGGAUCAUCCGGUAUCUCGAAAAGGUGUCAACAACAAGUCUGGACCGAUAGGUACAAAUAAAUUCUAUGCCAAUUUCUUUCUUGGCAAUCAGACGUCGCCCACAUAUGUACACCCAUACUCAGUCGUUUGGGCGCAUGGUCAGGGAGCAUCGUCCAGCUGGGGGUUGGCCAUUUCACAUAUAGACGCAAACCAGAUAGUAUAUGGCCAGGCGUCGAAAGAAACAGGUGCCGCAAAGUAUUUUUUGAAUCCCGUGGGCAUUCAGUCAUUAUGUCUCUCAGCGUCAGAAUUGGGUCCAAAUACCAUUUUGACGACUGAUAAUCUGACCGCACACUCGGCGAACGUCAAUUUACAUGCUGAUAAAAAAGCGAAACCUCUUAUUACAUUCCCGUUAGUGCAAGGCAUGGGGUUUGUCACGGCCAUCUACCAAGGAGGGACUCCACUUAUCAAUACUGGGAUUUACUUCAAGACGGUCACAAAAUCCAUCAAGGGGCCUAAGCCAGGCGUGACCAAGUAUACGCUGUAUUUGGAGGACGGAAAAGUAUGGCAUGUAUAUGCCUUUUCCGAGAAAGGCGACACAUUUGACCUCACCGUGGUCAACAACGGGAUGGCCAAAGCUGAGAAGCCAUUCAACGGGGUCAUUCAAAUUGCCAAGGAUCCCGGUGAGGCUGAGUCGGUAAUAGAUCGGGCCUCUGGUGUAUAUCCCAUUAAUGUAACGCUUUCCGGUUCGGUAUCAGGGUCGAAAGGCACAUACAAAUUCACCUUUGAGAAGGCUGGGAUCUCGGAUGACAAGCCACUUAUUUACGCUCUGCCUCACCAUGUGGAUUCCUUCGACAAGGAGACCCAUGAUAGCAUCACGACGGCAAAGCUUCAAACCACAACCAAGGGAGUAGCAGUGGGCGUGGUUGCAGAUUCAUGGACCAUGGUUGAGCCUCAUAUGCCUAUUUCAAUGUAUCUCUCCCCUUGGGAUCCUGUCGACGGUGAGAAGAAAACGUUGAAGGACGAUGCAAUCAACGUGGUCACCCCCAUAGCUAUGAACGAAACAGCACAGGAUGCAAUCCACCAGUCGGACCAGAAUUCAAUGUAUUUUAGUGGAAAGGCAUUGGCGAAGUUCGCUGGAAUUUGCUACAUAGCCAACGACUUGCUCAAGAAUAAAGAGUUGGCUGAGAGUGGGCUGAGAAACUUGAAGGCCGCUUUUAGUCGGUUCUCGGCGAACAAGCAGCAAUUCCCCCUAUAUUACGAAACUGCCUGGGGAGGUCUGGUCUCUUCUGCGACCUACUUGACCGGAAACGAUGGCGCAGACUUCGGUAAUACGUUUUACAAUGAUCACCACUUUCACUACGGCUACUUCAUUUAUGCCGCUGCCAUCAUCGGCUACCUCGAUCCCAGUUGGCUUACGAAGGACAAUGUCGACUACGUGAACGCGCUAGUCAGGGACAUCGCCAACCCUUCUCCACUAGAUAAAUACUUCCCAGUCUCGCGCAACUUCGAUUGGUACCAUGGCCACAGUUGGGCUCAUGGAUUAUAUGAGACUUCUGAUGGAAAGGACCAAGAAUCGAGCUCAGAGGACGCGCUACACGCCUAUGCUAUUAAGGUAUGGGGAAAGACAGUCAAGGACGCUAAUAUGGAAGCCAGGGGUAACCUGAUGUUGUCGAUCAUCGCUCGUGCUCUAAACCGGUACUAUCUCUACACUGAGGACAACGAUGUCCAACCCUCCCAGUACGUGGGAAACAGAGUCGCCGGGAUUUUAUUCGAAAACAAGUGCGAUCACAACACGUAUUUCGGAUCCAAUAUCGAGUAUAUCCAAGGUAUCCAUAUGCUUCCGCUUCUACCUAGCACAAAGCUCACUCGACCCGCGAAUUUUGUCAAACAAGAGUGGGCGACGUACUUCGACCAGGGACGAGCGGAGAAGGUCGAGGGAGGCUGGAAGGGAAUUCUUUUUGCGAAUCUAGCAACGGUCGACCCCAAAGCUGCGUGGGAUUUCUUCACACGGAAGGACUUUGACCCUGGGUGGCUGGAUGGUGGCGCUUCAUUGACGUGGUAUUUAGCUUACUGCGCAGGUGAGUCCAUCUCGAUUCCUCUUCGUAGACCUAAAGGGACUAAUGAUACACUAGCUUUUAUGUGAUGGCAUGGCCAGUUCGGGUUGUCUUGACGAUAGCUGUGGGACAUACACAGAACAAUUAGAGAGGAUAGGAGGUUACGUGGAUAUAUUGAAGGCGUUGGUGGCCGUUUUAGAUAUAUAUGGGCAUGAAUAAUGAUUAUGAUUCAGAGGCGGACAUGAGAGAAUAGGAGUGAUGAUAAUAUAGUUAUAUUGGGGUUC